CAAUAGUUUUGAACUGUACAACAGUUUCUAAUAACAACGAUUCAUAGUUCGAAUCAAAUUUUACUACAAAAUUUGAUGACGUUUGUAUGUCAUAAGCAUGAACAAAAUUAGUGUUUUGCAAAGUCUUUUGGUACUUAUUUCGGAAACCAUCACAUGCGAAUAUUGAUAUGAUGCAGUAGUGCUCUGCGCAUUUAUUUGACGCAAGCAUACAUAUUCGUUAAAAGAAGAGGGAAAUCUGGCAACAGCUUUCAAGGAAGAGUUUAAAUAUUUGUUGAUGAAAUAGUUUUUAUUUAUAUUUUUCAUUAUAUUAAUUAUUUUUAUGAUAUUCACAAUUUUUUUUACGUGAGAAUUCUCUGUUAAUCACUACUUUUAGCCUGAAUGGGAAAUCUACUUAGACUACUUUCAAGGGAUGAUAGUCCAAAGUAUGAUGUCUUUGUUGACUUUGAAAAUGCUCAACCAACACAAAUGGAAGAAGAAACAUACAAAAUAGUAAAUGAUGUUUUAAAACAUUCCAAAAGAAUUUUAUUAGAGCUUCAAUUGUACCAAGGAGCAGGAAAUGCAAUACGAGAGGCUAUUGCAAAGCCUCAUAAUGAAGAACUUCAAUUGAGAGCUUGGGAAGCUGUGAUACCUUUAGUUCUCAAACUGAGAGAGUUUUAUGAGUUUUCACAAAAGCUAGAUGCUAUAGUUCCUCGUAUUUUGUGGGAGCUGAGCUCUGGUCCUUUGACACCUACAGAACAUUUAAAAAUGCAACAAGCUCUUGUCAAACAGUUUGCUGAAGUAUUGGAUUUUGUGCUCACUUUUGAUGACUUAAAAAUGACAAAUCCUGCUAUUCAGAAUGAUUUUAGCUAUUAUAGAAGAACUGUUAAUAGGUUACGAUUGGCUAAUCAGGAUCCAUCUGAUGAUGAAUUAGAAAUUCCAAAUGAAUUAGCCAAUCGUAUGUCUUUGUUUUAUGCACAUGCAACUCCAAUGUUGAAAGUUUUGAGUGAUGCUACAACACGUUUUGUUUCUGAAAACAAAGAUUUGCCUAUUGAAAAUACAACAGAAACUCUUGGAACAAUGGCCAAAGUUUGUCAAAGAAUGAUUGAAAAUCCAGAAUUCUGUUCAAGAUUUCAAAAAGAAGAUACAAUUCUAUUUAUUUUAAGAGUAAUGGUUGGGUUAAUUAUUCUGUAUGAUCAUGUGCAUCCAGUUGGAGCUUUUAGUAGAAAUGCUCAUAUAGAUGUGAAAGGUUGCAUCAAAGUUUUGAAAGACCAACCCACAAAUGUUGUUGAAGGUCUUCUUAAUGCAUUAAGGUACACAACAAAACAUUUGAAUGAUGAUGCAACCCCAAGACAUAUAAAGAGCUUACUAGUCUGAGACAAGAUUGGUGAAGUCUUAGUCAUAGUCAGCUUAUCAGCAACAAAAAAUAUUUUUAUUUUAUAAAGAUUAAUCUAUUUCAUUUGAUUCACUGAAUCAACCUUUUGACGUUAUUUUUAGUUUUUGUUUAUAAAUAAUGUAUUGUAAUAAUAUAACAGAUUAUGACACUGUUUAAAGCACCUCUCUGAAGGUAAGACGUUAGUUAAGCCAUUUGUUUUAUGAUGUUUUUGUUAAAAAAAGUCAAAGUCUUUUAAAUUCUAUGUUUUGUUUUCUUUCAAUUAUAAAUUAUAUUAUGAAUUAAUAUUUUAUUAUUUUUAUCUUGCAUCAUUCCUGGUUUGUUUUAAUAUUCAAUUUGUGAUUUAUAUGUUGAAUUGUAAGAAACUUAAUUGUGGUAUAGAACAAGCCUGAAUUGAUUUAUUUAAAUAUGUUAUUUGGUGCUUUCUUUUAUCGUAGUAUGUAGUUAAUGUGUAUCUCAUUAUAAGCUGAAGGAACUAGACAUUCCUCUAGAUUCAUAGUCGUUCUUAUAGAAUCUUUUAUCUUUAUUCAUAAUGAUUCACAAUUUCCAUCAAAUCAUUAUAAUAUAGCUUAAAAGAAAUAAUUUACAAAACUAUUUUUUAACUUUGAAGUAUAGCAUAUAUAAGUGUAGUAUUUUGAAGUAAUUAUUUAUUGCUUUCACAAAAUACAGAUAACAUUUUUUAAAAAUCACAUGAAUGACUUUUGAAUUUGGUGGUUACAAAAUUUUUCAUAUUAUCAAAAAAAAAAAAAAAAUGAUUAUUUUGUGGCAUUUUUAUGCAUAUGACUCAUGUAGAAAAUCGUUAUUAUUUUUACUGUACAUUUAUUAAUCUGCUUUUAAGCUAUAUGAUGGGCUCAAUAUGCAACUUUUUAUCUCUCCGCACAAAGAAAAAUUGAAUUAUACUGAAAUUGCAUUAAAUGUAAUACUAUAUAUAUAAAUUGUUGGUAGUUUGUAAAACUUGCAGUUUUUCUGCUUGUUAUUGAACCGGUGAUUUAUGAAAUUUGGAAUAGGAUUGAUUACUUGUUAAAAUGAACAUCAUCAAAAUGUAUGUAGCCAUGACAAUUGAUACUUGAUGAUAUUGUAUAUGAUUGAAUUGUAUGCAUCUUGCAUAAUGCCAAUUCCAGAAUGUGAUUUAAUAUUAUUUCAUUCCUAAAAUGCUCAGUAUAGGGGAAAAACUACGUUUAUGUUGUCAUUUUAUUGUAAUUGUUGCUUCUAAACUUGUUAAUUAGUGUUCUGCUAUAAAGACUGAUGUAUAUAUCUACAUUACCACAUAUUCGAGAAAUGCACCAAACUGAUAUAUCCUAUUUACAAUAAUUUGUAUAAGAUUGAGAAAGUGCAUUUGUGUAUCUUAGGCAAUAACACAUAACUUAAUCUUUAUUUUUAUUCAUCAUUUAAAUCAUUUCUUUUAUAUGUUUCACUAAGUUUAAUUAUUUUUAUCUUUUGUGCAUAUAUAUAUAUUUAAAACAUGUAGAAUCUUCAUGAAAAGACUAAGCCAGUUUGUUUAAAUCACCUUCAGUAUGUAUAAUUAAUAAAUUUCGAAUUUAGGCAUGAAAGCAUAGAAUUCUAUUUACAGCAGAAUUUCUUAAAUUGCGUGUGCAAGUUUCAAAUAUAGCCACAGAAACUUAGAAAUUUUGUCUUUAUAGAAAUUUUAUAGAAAAUAUAAAAAUUUUGUCUUUCCUUAGUUGCCUUUUUUUUUUCUAAUUCUGGAAUCAAG